UCAGUCUCUAAAAAAUCACAAUGAUGAGAAGUCUGAUGAUCAUUUUCACCUGUCUUGCUGCUGUAUCUGCCCAUGAUCUAUGUGAUCAAGAUGAUGUUGAGCGACUUUCUCGGGAGAUUUCUGCAGUGAAAGCGGAGGUUCUCAUGCGUAAGACCUGCCCUAAAGACUUCGCCUACAAUGCAGAGUUGGAUUCAUCCUAUAAUUUCGUUACUUCGCUUAGGCUAACAUGGCUCAAUGCCCUUCUAUAUUGUAACCGAAUGGGGGCAAACCUAGUGGCUAUAGACUCACAGAAAGAGUAUGAUUUCAUCAAAGCUGAAAUCGAACGAACAGAUUUAGGAUGGCCACGAGGAGCUGGCCAUGACUCUUUCUACACUGGUGGAACAAUGCUCAAUGGAUCCCCCUCGUUGAAGUUGAACGCAUGGCAAUGGGCAGGCGGAGCAACAUUCAAGUCUAAACCAAUGAGUUAUGCACCAUGGCAUAGUACGCAGGGGAUCCUAACUGAUACGAAGGAUUCAUUGUGUCAUGUCCUAUGGGCACCAGGAGCAUACAGUUGGCAUGAUCAUCCAUGUCAUUUCAAACAUCAUUUCAUCUGUGAAAUAUAAAUAUGAGAAAUAAAAUCUGAUUGAUAUCUCAGUUUAUUCAAAAAA